CGGUCACCCUAGCCAUCAGCUGACAGUGGUGGCCGCUCAGCUGUGAAUUAGUGACAAUACGAUCAGCUGAUCAACAGUCAUGUUGAACUUCAAACUAUGGAUGACUGGUGCUGCUCUACUAGUGGUUGCCGCCGCUGCAUACGCCCAGGUCGACCAGAUACUUCCCGUACCUCACCAGACGCAGUCCUCAGUCCCAGAUGACACCGGACGAGCCGCCUCUGGUACUGCCGCGGACCUGCUGCAGAGUAUAUACUCGACAUGUCUGGAGUCUGGGGAUCUGUCAUGCGCCAAACACAAAGUCCUGGCGUUCCUCAGCACGGCUACCAGUCAGGACAAGAUCAGGAUCAGCAGAGACCUGAGUAUCGUCCGCAGUGACGUAGCUCCUCAGGAUGAGAACUCCUUGAAUGUCGAGGACUCCCAGAUCGUGGACCCUGAACGUCGCAAGCUCGCCCUGCAGCUGGAGCGAGUGUCUAGGUUCCUGGAGUCCCACGAACUGCGAGUCAGACUUCCCAAGGAGAUCAUUAGACCUGAACUUCUCUCCUACGUGCCUCACUUCCUGCUGAAGAACCUCCCUCAGGAGAUACGCGUACCUCUGGCAGACAACGCAGUCGAAGGUCGCAGCCGCGGAGGUAUGCUGCGGAAGGUAAUCAUCCCCUUCCUACUAGGCAUCAAGUUCAAGAUCUCAACACUGCUGCCGCUUGCCUUAGCUCUGAUCGCCCUCAAGACGUGGAAGGCACUCACCCUCGGCCUCCUGUCCAUCGUCCUCUCCGCCGCCAUGGUCAUCUUCAAGAUCACCAAGCCUAAGGUGCUCAACUACGAAGUGGUCCACCUCCCUCACCCCCACCCCGCACCUGUGGUGGAACACUAUGAACACCACCACGGCUACGGCAGAGCCCUGGACGCUCAGCCCCUAGCCUACCGUGCCUACUUCAAACAGUGACCGAUAAACCCUACCGAACCACACAUUUGUAUAUAGUCGACACUUGAGAGAAAUUGUAUUUUUUUACUAAUUUAUU